GACGAUGGUCGCGGGGAGUGCUGAUAGGCGGUGAAAGGACGCGAGCUGCGGCGCUUGCGACAAAGCUCGGCGAUGACGGUGUCAGGAUCGAGGUGAUCCUCGGGAGCGUCUACGAGAUGAGCGCUUGGAAGCUUGUGCAGAGAAGAUGCUACGAUCUCCUAUCCCAUCGCUAUUCGCUCCUCGUUGUCCUCAUAGCUCUUACCUGCAUUUUUGUCGGGGUUAUUCACUUCGGUGAGGUAUGGAUAGCGUGGAGCAAAGAAAAGUACAAAGCAGUAUUUCAUUCCUUCAACGACAACAUUCUUGGUAUAUCAUUUCAAAGACAACUUUGUCAGCAUGUUCCCAUUGACGUUGUAUAUACUUGGGUCAAUGGUUCAGAUCCGCAGUUCCUCGAAAAUUUGAAGAAAUAUGUUUCUGCAACGAAUGCCAAUAGUGCAGCUUCGAGAUUUAACGACAAAGACGAGUUAAAGUAUUCUCUUAGAUCUUUAGAGAUGUAUGCCCCAUGGAUAAGGAAAGUAUACAUUGUCACUAAUGGUCAAAUACCAAAUUGGUUAGAUAUGGAUAAUCCAAGAGUCUCUUUAAUUUCUCACAAGGACAUAUUUAUUAACAAUAGCCAUUUACCAACUUUUUCGAGCCCGGCCAUAGAAAGCAAUAUUCACAGAAUUCCCGGUCUAUCUAACAAAUUUCUAUACUUUAACGAUGAUGUAAUUUUGGGUGCCGCUGUUUGGCCCGAAGAUUUCAUAACAUGGGCCAAUGGACAGAAAGUUUACUUAGCAUGGUGGGUCCCAGACUGUUCGGAUAUAUGUCCAUGGGCUUGGGUUCAAGACGGAGCCUGCGACCCCACUUGUAAUACAACUCUGUGCGAAUUCGAUGGAGGCGAUUGUGACUUUUCGUCGUUAGAUGUGACCGAAAAAGAGGCAAACGAAGGUGAAAACGAUUAUCCGUAUGGUUUUUUACACGAAUCUCAAACUGAAUUGGACCGAACGAAACUCCAAAAUACUCUAAAAUUUAAGGAAAAAUUAGAUAUUAAUAUUAAAGAAAGUAAUAAUUCAAAUUUUAUAGCUAUUCGCUCUCUACUUUAUCAACAUAAUUCAUGGAAUAAUUUAAAAGAUUUUGAUGCGAAUAAUAUGAGAUUAAAAAGCAAAUCUAAAGUUUUGUAUAAACUUGAUAGGAGUACCGAUAAAAUUAAUAGAGCUAUUUAUUCAACUGAGAAAAAACAUGCUCCUAUUCCAUCGACCAACGGAUCUGGUAAAAUUGACAAACGAACGCUAACAAAACUAUUUGUAAAUGAUGAUAUUAUAAAUUUAGUACACGAAAAUGAAUCUGCAAAAGGCAGUAAACUCGAGUAUGCGGGUCGCCAAAAGAAAAGACCUCGAAAUCUCGAUACGUACGCAGAGUCACUUCUAUACGUAAAUAAAAUUUAUAAUAAAGCUUACGGCUUGGAACGUCGUCGAGUACCUGCUCAUAUGCCUCAUUUGUUAGAUAAAACCGUUAUAAUUGAAAUGCAAAAAAAAUUUUCUAGAGAAUUUGAUAAAACGUCGAGCCAUCGUUUGAGAAAUCCCGAGGACAUGCAAUUCGCCUUUUCUUACUUUUACUUUUUACUCAGUGAAAAACGUCUGGUAUCGGCUGAAGAAAUAUUUGAUGCAUUUGAUACGGAUAAAUCACAGACAUGGUCGGAUAGAGAAAUUCGUACGCUAUUGGCAAGAAUGUAUCCAUUGCCGUUAGAUUAUAAUUUAGUUAUUAAUUUUGAAAGUGCCAUAACCAAUUGCUCCCGUUUAAUUGAUUUGCAAGAUAUGUCUACAGUUUCUCCGCCACCGGGCGAGCGCUAUUUGGACUCUACUUUGCCCACGGUCAGUCGGGAACUAAUUCUCAAGUGUGAUUCAAUCGUCAGUAAGAUGCGUUUCAAAUUCGGAAAACAUGGAAAAUAUCCGCACAAAGUAAUCGAAGCGGGAAAGGAUGAAAUAUUCGAAAUGUUGACCAGCAAUAUAUCAACAACAGUGAAGUUACUAGAUGAAAUUCGAAGCAAUCCAAAAAAAUUCAUAUGUCUUAACGACGACAUGGAUCCAGAUCGAGGCACCGAAAAUGAAAUAAUUCGUGAUCUGCUCAACGACUUUUAUCGCUCUUUGUAUCCGAUACGCAGCAGUUUCGAGCUGCCCGCUCAAUACCGUAAUCGCUUCACUUACCGAGAUGAAUUAUUAGAAUGGCGAUCCAAUCGCGCCAGAGCACGAAAUGUGAUGUUACUUUUAAUAGUAUUAUUAGUUAUCCUCACGUUUUACCACACGUUUCGCUAUAAAAUACGGAGAUUCUGCAUAAUUCGUACGCUACCCACUCUACUUGUUUAGUAUCCGAACGCAUUUAUUGCCAAAUAAUUUAACAAUACUCU